UUUCUCCGGAAACAGCUUGGAAAAAUAUUUUGUUACAAGAGUUUUAUCGUUAUUGAGUGAAAAAUUAACAAUAAGAGUUAAAAAGUGUCGUUUAUGCAACAUUGAUAUUGCAGAGAACUUUUUAUUUUUACAUAAAAUAGAUAAUCAAAUAAAAACUUGAGUUCGGCGACAAUGUUUCCGAAUAUUUUAGCUCCAUCGCCGUUAUACCAAAGUUUGUUUAGAAAUGGACAAUUAGUUCCUCAGCCACCAAUGGUGACAACGUCAGCAUCAUUUCUGGUGGAAAAUCUUCUUAGGGAUAGAAAUCAAGCAUUGCUUGCUCGUCAAGGUCUUCCGCCAUUCACUUGUUCUACAACAUUUUCUCCAACAUUACCAGAGAAUUUACAAGCUACACCGGUAACUUCAUCAGCGUCACUGAACGCCAUCAAUCCAGCACCGUAUCUGAAGUUUGGCGUCAAUGCAAUUCUUGGAAGAGAACCAACAUCUCCAAAAUCAGAGGAAAAAGUUGAAUCGACCCAUCCUGCUCGAAACGUUUACAGUUGCCAAAGCAGUAUCCCCACGUCUCCAUCGAAAGGCUGUGGUUACGUUGGCCAUGGGUUAUCAUGUGUGGGAUGCUCACCAAGACAGACAUUUUAUGAAGCACAGUUUCCAAAUAUGUUCAGAAAUUCUUAUUUUCCAGGUUCGCCAUUACUGCCAGUGCCGCACGCAUUUUCAUUCUUAAGUAACAUGAGAGGGAAACCUCGCCGGGGAAUGUUGAGGAGAGCUGUAUUCUCAGACAUGCAAAGAAAAGGUCUAGAAAAGAUGUUCCAAAAACAAAAGUACAUUAGUAAACCAGACAGAAAGAAGCUUGCAUCCAAACUAGGACUUAAAGAUUCUCAGGUAAAGAUUUGGUUUCAAAACAGGAGAAUGAAAUGGAGGAAUUCAAAAGAGCGGGAGCUUCUAUCGUCUGGAGGAUCACGCGAAUCAACUUUGCCAGUUAAAGGAAACGAUGGUCAAAAUUGUGAACAGUUGCCCGUUUCAGACAGUAAUGACAAUGACAAUUUAAAUGAUAGCCAAAGUUCCGAAUGUAUCAAUAACUUGGAUGACACAGACUAUCCCGGAUCCUUGUCUAUAGACAUGGAUCAUGCGCAAUCUAGUUUUUCUCAUAGUGACGAUUCCGAAAGUGAGGACGAAAUUGAUGUGUCGUAAACGAUCGACAUAUCAUUUUAAUGAUCUCUACACAAAUCUAGUCUUCGAAAGAUAUCAUAAAGUGCCAAUCAAGUCUAGUUUUUAUUCCGAUUUCAAAUGUAUUUAUUUUUUUGAAAUUAUAAUAAUACAUUUGUAAUACUUUGAGUUAAUGAUUCGGAUGACAUUAAAUAGUUAUGAUCUUAAAAAGCUUAAAUUUUAAUGCUAUCCUAUUAAAAUUUCUAACAACUGUCGACGUCAGAUGUCCCAUGUGGGACUAGAUACUAAUAAAAGUGCUACUAACAAUGGAACUUAGACAAAUGUCCUAGCACAGUAAUGGUAGUUUUUUAAAUAAUUGCUUUUAUCUGUGAUAAUGAUGUAUUUAUAAACUGUAAAAUGUGAAUAAAAUGUGAAAAAGUUA